AUGCUCCCGGAGCCCAAGUAUGACCGCUUCCGCGACGAGCCGCUGACCGCCCCCAUGCCGUCGCCGGCCCCCGCGCCCGCCGGCGGCGCCCCCGGGCCCUGCCCCGCGGCGGGCGAGGAGCCCGAGCCCGGCACCACCUUCUGCGCGCUGCUGCCGCGGAUGCCGCAGUGGAAGUUCCCCGGCCCCGCCGGCUUCCUCGGCCGCGGCCCCGCCGGCGCCGGCCGGGAGCUCUCCGCGCCGGCCCGGGCGGGCGGCGCCGCGGCCGCGGGGGCCCCCUCGGCGCUGGCCGCCGUGCUGGGCGCCUGCGAGCCGCUCUGCGCCGCGCCCUGCUCGCUGCCGGCCGGCGGGCGGCCGCGGGGGGCGGCGGCGGCGGCGGGGCGGGCGGCGCGGGCGGAGGCGGCCCGGCCGGGCGGGGAGGAGUGGAGCCGCAAGGGCAGCUUCAUCCGCAAGCCGGCGCAGGGCUGGCUGCACCCCGACGAGCGGGUGCUGGGGCCCGGCGUCUCCUACAUCGUCCGGUACAUGGGCUGCAUCGAGGUCCUGCGCUCUAUGAGGUCCCUCGACUUCAACACCCGGACACAGGUCACUAGGGAAGCCAUCAACAGACUGUAUGAGGCAGUGCCGGGCGUGAAGGGCAUUUGGAAGAAGAAGGCUCCCAACAAAGCCCUCUUCUCCAUCCUGGGCAAGAGCAACCUCCGCUUCGCUGGCAUGAGCAUCGCUGUCAACAUCUCUGUUGAUGGGCUGAACCUCAUGAUCCCCACCACACGCCAGAUCAUCGCCAACCAUCACAUGCAAUCCAUCUCCUUUGCCUCUGGCGGAGACACGGACAGCACGGACUACGUUGCCUACGUCGCCAAGGACCCCAUCAACCAGAGAGCCUGCCACAUCCUGGAGUGCUGCGAGGGGCUGGCGCAGAGCGUCAUCAGCACAGUGGGACAGGCCUUCGAGCUGCGCUUCAAGCAGUACCUGCACAGCCCCCCCAAGGUGGUGGCACCCCCGGACAGGGCGCUGGGUGCGGAGGAGUCGGCCUGGGGGGAGGACGAGGAGGUGGCUGAGCAUGAUUACUACAACAGCAUCCCGGGGAAGGAGCCACCCCCGGGGGGCCUGAUUGACUCCCGGCUCUGGCACGGCGCAAUCCUGGGCCACGUCCACACUCAGCCCUCUGGCUCCGGCCCCCCCAGCCAGAGUGGGUUUGCAGCCAGGCAAGACCAGAGCAGCCAGCCGGGGCCACCCUGGGACCUGGAGAGCCAGGGCCAGCCCUGCGACGGGUACCUGCAGGCGGACAGCCAUCCCCUGGGGCCGCGGGACUACGAGGAGCACAUGUACGUGAACACGCAGAGCCUGGAUGCCUGGGAGCCGGAGGCAGCAGCUCGUGGGGCACUGGAGGAGAGCCCCAAAAAGGACCUCUUUGAUAUGAGGCCGUUCGAGGAUGCCCUGAAGCUCCACGAGUGCAUUGCUGGGGGUGGCAUCAGCCCCCCCAUUGAGGACCAGUGGCCGAGCCCCCCCACACGGAAAGCCCCCAUCGCCCCCACGGAGGAGCAGCUCAGGCGGGAGCCAUGGUACCACGGGAAGAUGAGCCGGCGGGAUGCCGAGAGGCUCCUGCAGAUGGACGGGGACUUCCUGGUGCGGGACAGCCUCACCAACCCGGGGCAGUACGUGCUGACCGGCAUGCACAGCGGGCAGCCCAAGCACCUGCUGCUGGUGGAUCCCGAGGGCGUGGUGAGGACCAAGGACGUGCUGUUUGAGAGCAUCAGCCACCUCAUCAGCCACCACCGGCAGAACGAGCAGCCCAUCGUGGCCGCAGAGAGCGAGCUGCACCUCCGCCAGGUUGUCCGGAGGAAGCAGUGAUGC